CCAUUUUUAACUAUUUCAGCAAUUUGGUUUUUCUCUCUCUCCCCACCUCUAAUGGAGGAAAUUGAAAAAAUUAGGAAUGUUAAGUGGAGAGAGAAAGAGAGAGGGUGAGAGAGACAGGGGGGCAUGGAGAUGGAGGAAGAAAAACAUUCUUCCACAAGGGGAGAAAAUCCUCCUCCUCCUCCAAGAUUAAAACCAGGAGGAUGGAUAGCCAUAGCAUACAUCCUAGGUAAUGAAACAUUCGAGAGGUUGGCUUCCAUGAGUUUGAUAUCUAAUCUUACGGUGUACCUGCACACACAAUAUAACAUUGGUGGUAUACUGUUGGUUAAUACAGUCAAUAUCUGGUCUGGCUCCUCCAACGUUACCACAAUUGCUGGUGCUUUUCUUGCUGAUGCUUAUCUGGGCAGGUUCCUCACUAUCCUCUUUGGCUUGAUCAUUUCUUCCUUGGGGAUGGGUAUGGUAGCAAUAACUGCAGGCACACCACAGCUUAGACCCCCUGACUGCCAUGGCGAGUCCAGUUGCCCCCAGCCUAAGACAUGGCAGCUGGUAUUCCUUUUCUCGAGUCUUGGACUAUUAGCAAUAGGUUCAGGGGGCAUCAGGCCCUGCAACAUUGCCUUCGGUGCUGAUCAAUUCGACACCAGAACAGAAAAGGGUAAAUCACAGCUCAAGAGUUUCUACAAUUGGUGGUACUUCUCAUUCACAAUUGCUCUCUUGGUCGCUCUCACCGCUGUCGUCUACAUUCAAACCAAUGUGAGUUGGGUUUGGGGUUAUGCCAUUCCAACUGCCUGCUUUGCCCUCGCCAUACUCAUUUUCUUAUGUGGGCGCCCUGUUUAUGUUUGCAUUGAGCCCCAAGGAAGCGUUCUCGUGGACAUGAUCAAGGUGAUCAAUGCUGCCAUUAGAAAGAGAUGUGUAACUCUGGGGCCAGACUCUAAGUUCUAUGAUCCUCCCAGUGAGGACUCGAACCAGAAACCGUAUUUUCUUGCUCGCACCAAUAGGUUUAAGUACCUUGACAAGGCUGCAAUCAUUUGUGAUCCAACUGAAGUGAAUGCUGAAGGUGUUCAAAGUAAUAGUUGGAGACUUUGUAGUGUGCAACAGGUUGAACAACUAAAAUGUGUCGUAGGAAUUGUGCCAGUUUGGUUUACGGGAAUCGCUUGUUUCAUAGCCAUGGAUCAGAUGAGUACAUUUGGAAUCCUCCAAGUCCUCCAAUCAAAUAGGUCGAUUGGCAGCUUCAAGGUGCCACCGGCAUGGAUGGGCCUCUCAUCAAUGAUUGCACUUGCGUUAUGGAUUUUCAUUUAUGAGUGUAUCUAUGUCCCUUAUGCUCAAAAAAGCACAGAAAAAGAUAUAAGAAUGUCUACGAAAAGAAAAGUACAAAUUGGCAUUGUGAUGUCAAUUAUUUGCAUGUUGGUAGCAGGGUUUGCAGAGCAAAUACGUCGCGAAUCAGCUCUAAAACAGGGCUCCUUUGCUUCACCAAUUAGUGUUGCACUACUCUUGCCUCAGUUCGCCUUGUCGGGUAUGAUUGAAGCAUUUUCUGCAGUCGCAAUCAUGGAGUUCUUCAACAACCAGAUGCCAGCGAGCAUGAGAAGUAUGGCUGGCUCACUCUUCUUUCUCAGCUUAUCUAUGGCAAGCUAUCUCAGCUCUGUUCUUUCCAAUCUUGUCCACACUUUAAGUCAAUCUAAAGGAAAACCACCAUGGGUAGGUGGUCAUGAUCUUAAUUCCAAUAGACUUGAGUACUUCUAUUUCAUCAUUGCUGCUUUAGGAGGUAUAAACUUCAUAUACUUCAAUUUCUUUGCUUGCCAUUACAUGUUUAGUGAUGUUGGAAGCCAAUACAUUGAUUCCCUCUAAGAUAUAUCAUGAGGGUGGAGCUUGUUCGAUCCAUUUUUGACCAAGAAAUUAAUGGUUAGGAAAUUGGAAACAACUGACCUUCUCCAGACACUGCAAGAUGAGAACCUUGUGCACUAGGCUAGCGCUUUUUUAAAGCUAUAUCUAUAAUACGCAUUACAUAUGUAGAACAUGUUGAUCAUUUACACUGGACAUUUUCUCUGACAGGUUGUGUAAAGUUAAUUUUUAUUUGUAAGGAUACAUUUUAGUGAAUUCAAUACAUUGU